CCCCUCUCCAUCAGUGCAUUUAGGAAAAUGAACCAUAGUUUUAUUAAAUUAAGUAUGCUAGCCGUUUUUUGGUAAAUUAAUUUGAUUCACCUUUGCUUUACGAGCUACAAAUAUGGAUAUUGUAGUGUAGUGAGUAAAUUAGCCUACUGCAUUUAUUAAAACCAAAAAAUGGUUAGUGAAGUGAAACCACGAUUAAUUCUGAUAAGUGAGAGCCCUCCCCCUCUCCUCUCCAUCAGUGUAAAUGCGCGAGGCUUCGGUGUAGAUGACGGAUGCUGCGCUGCGUCCCACACGCUGCCCCAUACUGAUGCCCAACAGACGGACAUUGCACGAGAAAAACAACAAACAGCCUCCAUCACUGAGUUCAGAUUUUCAGCCCUGUGGGUCGGUGUUGAUGUCUGAGCGCUGCAUGGCUAACAGAGGACCGAGCUAUGGGCUCAGCCGUGAGGUCCAGGAGAAGAUCGAGCAGAAGUAUGUCGCUGAGCUGGAGGCUCGCCUGGUGGACUGGAUCCUGUUGCAGUGUGGAGACGACCUGGAGAGACCGGAACCUGGCAAACAGAACUUCCAGAAAUGGCUCAUGAGUGGAACAAUUCUGUGCCGUCUCAUCAACAGUCUGUACCCGAGUGGUAUAGAGCCCAUUAAGAAAAUUACAGAAACUAAAAUGGCCUUUAAACAAAUGGAGAAGAUUUCGCAGUUCCUGCAGGCCGCUGAGGAAUACGGAGUCACUAGAGGAGACAUAUUUCAGACGGUUGAUCUUUGGGAAGGGAAGGACAUGGCAGCGGUCCAGAGGACACUGGUGGCACUGGGAAGUGAAGCUCUCACGAAAGACGAUGGUCAUUUCCGCGGAAACAAAGACUGGUUUCAUAGGAAAGCUAAAGUACAGAAGAGGGAGUUUUCCGAGGAGCAGCUGCGUCAGGGCAGGCGUUUGAUCGGUUUGCAGAUGGGAAGCAAUCGCGGAGCGUCUCAGUCCGGUAUGGUGGGUUACGGCACCCCGCGACAGAUCAUGCGCCACGACUCUCCCCGACACAACGGAAAUGAGUCUGACAGCAAUCCCUAAACACUCCAGUCUGGUAUGAGUGAAACAGUCAGAGUCGUGUAUGUGUGUACAGUAUAUAUAUAGAUACAGUGGACACCAGAUCUGAGUUUACACACAUUAGUGUUAGUGCUUUACCCACAAUCCACCAGAUACGCUGUUAAAAUAAAAUUCAAUCAUGAGUAACUUUGAAUGUGUUGCCCUUUGAGAAGCUGACAGACAGGCUUUUGUGGACGGUCAGAUGUUUAGUCCUGCAUGCUGCGAAAUAGAAACGUUCAAAAGACAGAAGUCUUCUUUUGGGGCGUCAUGGUAUUAUGGUUGAUGUGAUGCUGUAUUACACGCAAAAAAUGAUUUUCUUACUCAGUAUUUUAAUCUUGUUUCCAGUACAAAUAUCUCAGCGUUCACGAUACAUUGAGAAAUAAAAUGAUGUAAGAGAUCGUAAACCUUGUUUUAUUGAAAAAGAAAAAUGUGCAUUUUUGUUUUAAACAAGAACAUAUAUCUGCCAAUUGUAUGAAUGGAUGAUUUUUUUUCUUUCUAACUUAAUAUUUUGGCAAAUUUGUAUUGUGAGCAUAACCUCACUGAAUUUAGAAAUAGGCUAAACAUCUUAAAUCAUUUUGCCUCUUUAAUAGAGGCAUCUUUAGGAAUGGUACAUAUUUGUUCUAGAAUACAUCUAUAAAAAUGCCAAAGAAAAUCAUUUUUUGCAGUCUCACGGGUUCUGACAACAUGCAUAACUGACAGAUUUGUGCUGUUUUCACACAUAAAAAAAGAAUGUUCACAUUGGCGUGCUUAUUUUUCAGACGUCACAGAAGCAAACUGAUGCUUUAGGUCCUAGUUUUGUCAUCAAACUGUGUAUUUAAGUUGCUGUAUAUUCACUGUACAGAAUCAACUGUGGUAUUUAUGAAAUGUAUCUGUUAUUUAUGAAAAUGUCUCUAUUUUCAAAACAUUUCAUUGGAUUUACUAACAUGUAUGUAAGUCCUUUAAAUGUGCUUCUGCUGUGUGACUGUAUUAUAGAUUAUUUAUUGUGAGGUUUCAUGUUUUAUCCACAUAUUUUUGACAAUCACACACCCUUUCCACUUUUUAUGACUUUAGAAACUUUGAAAGUUUUGGUACAUUUAACAGUUUCAGUAUUGUUCAU